CAUAAGCACAGGCUGGAGAGCGGAGGACGGGCGGCCCGGCAGCCGAGGCCUUGGCGAGCGGAAGGAGGGGCUGGAGGAGGAGGCGGCGGCGGCGGCGGCGGCGGCGGUUGCUGCGCGAACGAGGCGCCUUGCAGGAGCCGCCGCUGUAGUUGGACGCCGCCACGUCCCCUCCCUUACGGGACAAGCGAUGAGGAUGAAGAAGAGCUGACCGAACUCAAUGCCCGCGCCGCCCCGCGUCCUGGAGUGAAGUGUCUGUUCUCGCUCCCCCCUCCUUUCCCUCCCUUCCUGGAGGUGAACCUGCAUUAGGCUGUUCCUCAACCACAUUGGGGGAAUUUCCCUCCUCCCCCUCCUCUCCCCUUUAAAAAUCGAGUGUGCGUGCUCUGUUUUUGUUUGGGUCCUCGAAAGGGGAGAGGGAGAAGGAAGGAAGGAAGGAAGGAAGGGGGGGGAAAGGACAGCGGCAAGGGGAGGGGGAACCCCGCUCUCGCUCCUCUUGUCUCUCCCUUCUCCAUUGAAGCACAGUUCACUAUGAUCUUACUCGCCUUCAGCACUGCAAGCCGGGGGGAUUUCGUGCAUCAUUCCAGGGUGUUUUUCUUGCAAGCCUUGCUUGGGAUUUUAUGUGCGGCUGGGUGCAGAGCGGAGCAGUAUUUCAAUGUAGAGGUGUGGCUACAAAAGUACGGCUAUCUUCCACCAACUGACCCCAGAAUGUCGGUGUUGCGCACAGCAGAAACAAUGAAAUCUGCUAUAGCUGCUAUGCAGCAGUUCUAUGGCAUUAACAUGACAGGAAAAGUGGACAGGAACACAAUCGACUGGAUGAAGAAACCUCGUUGUGGUGUGCCUGAUCAGAUGCGAGGCAACUCCAGAUUUAAUAUUCGUCGAAAACGAUAUGCAUUAACAGGACAGAAGUGGCAACACAAACAUAUCACUUACAGCAUAAAGAACGUCACUCCAAAAGUAGGAGAUGCUGAAACCCGUAAAGCUAUUCGCCGUGCCUUUGACGUGUGGCAGAAUGUAACCCCUCUGACAUUUGAGGAAGUUCCUUACAUUGAACUAGAGAAUGGCAAGAGGGACGUGGAUAUUACAAUCAUUUUUGCAUCAGGUUUUCAUGGAGACAGUUCUCCCUUUGAUGGGGAGGGAGGAUUUUUGGCUCAUGCGUACUUUCCUGGGCCAGGAAUUGGGGGAGACACUCAUUUUGAUUCAGAUGAGCCAUGGACUUUGGGAAACCCUAAUCAUGACGGAAAUGAUUUGUUUCUAGUUGCAGUUCAUGAACUGGGACAUGCUUUAGGUUUGGAGCAUUCAAAUGACCCCACUGCCAUCAUGGCUCCUUUUUACCAGUACAUGGAAACCGACAACUUCAAACUACCUAAUGAUGAUUUGCAGGGAAUCCAAAAGAUAUAUGGGCCACCUGACAAACUCCCACCGCCAACAAGACCUCUGCCAACAGUGCCCCCACAUCGUUCUGUCCCUGCAGCAGACCCACGGAAGAAUGACAGGCCUAAACCUCCCCGGCCGCCCACGGGAGACAAGCCUUCUUACCCUGGAGCCAAACCCAACAUCUGUGAUGGAAAUUUCAACACUCUAGCCAUUCUUCGCCGGGAAAUGUUUGUUUUCAAGGAUCAGUGGUUUUGGCGUGUGAGAAAUAACAGGGUGAUGGAUGGAUACCCCAUGCAGAUUACCUACUUCUGGAGGGGACUGCCUCCAAGUAUCGAUGCAGUUUAUGAAAACAGUGAUGGAAAUUUUGUUUUCUUUAAAGGUAACAAGUUCUGGGUCUUCAAGGACACGACUCUCCAGCCAGGAUAUCCUCAUGAUUUGAUAACAUUGGGCAGUGGGAUUCCACCUCAUGGUAUUGAUUCAGCAAUUUGGUGGGAGGACGUUGGGAAAACCUACUUCUUCAAAGGAGAUAGGUACUGGAGGUACAGUGAAGAUAUGAGAACUAUGGAUCCUGGUUAUCCAAAACCAAUCACAAUAUGGAAAGGUAUCCCAGAAUCACCUCAGGGAGCCUUUGUCCACAAAGAAAAUGGCUUCACAUAUUUCUACAAAGGCAAAGAAUACUGGAAAUUUAACAACCAGAUGCUCAAGGUGGAACCUGGAUACCCCAGAUCCAUCCUAAGGGAUUUUAUGGGUUGUGAUGGACCAGCAGACCGGGAUAAAGACCGACACAGCCCUCAGGAUGACGUAGACAUUGUCAUCAAACUGGACAACACAGCCAGCACUGUGAAAGCCAUAGCCAUUGUCAUUCCCUGCAUUCUGGCCCUCUGCCUCCUUGUCUUGGUUUACACUGUGUUCCAGUUCAAGAGGAAAGGAACACCCCGGCACAUACUGUACUGCAAACGCUCUAUGCAAGAGUGGGUGUGAUGUAAGGGGUUUUUUCCCUCUCUCCCAGGAGUUUGUGGUAACUUGAGAUCAACAAAAGAGCUGUUAUGCAGUUUCCUACUUAGGAGCAGGCAUCUGUUCGCCUCAACCAGGGCUGAUCUUUAAAACCCAGGGGGCUGCCUGCUCUGCACAUGAAGUGAGAGUUCACUCCAGUGGGAAGCUUCCAUCAUACACAGUAUCUGCUGUCCCUCCAGUUCUUUGUCUUUCCUUGUCAUUCGGUUCUAGCCUUUCCUCUGCACGCUCAAUACCCAAUGCAAAAUUAUCAGGAUUUUCAUAAAGGAGGAAAUAUAGCAGCAAUCUGGGAAGAAAGAAUCUCCAGUGUCUCUCUUGGGGUCUUUUGUCCCUUUUGAAGCCUGCUCCCCUUUGAAAGAGUUUUGCGUGAGGUUUUAAACAAACAAAAAAUGUAUUCAGUUUUUUUUAAAAAAAGAGAAAAGAUAGAGCAACUAUAACGCAACAAUCACAAUGGAACUUUUCAGGAAGUGUGAAGACCCAAAACAGCUUUGUCUCCAAAGAGGUUUGCUUUCUGUCAGCUACGGAUAUAGUCCUAUACUCCUACACAUAAUUUUUUGUCAAGUGGGAGACCAGGAUGACACACAGGAAUUCAGACUGUUUGGACAGCCAUUUUCCAACAAAUAAGGGGCCAAAAUAUCUGCAAUAUAGUAACAGCCUUAAUGAUACAUUCAUUUUGUGUUUUAUACAGCUGUUCUGACCUAUGUCCUCAAUGUUUUAACACAUUUAUAUUCAUUACUAUAUUCAGAUAGUAUCUUUUUUAUUGAUUGCUUUAGAUUUUGUUGGUUUCCUGCCUCCUCUUUUUUAUUUUUAUUUCUUUCUAUUUUUUUCCAGAGCUGUACCAGGCCAACAGCCCCAGACUUUCCAUAGGUCUGUCAGAAACACUUAUGUUGAAACCAUAGCAGAAAGCAGGAAGUCUGUGAAGUAGAUUGCAGUGAACUAAAGUGACACUUAAUGUUACAAAGAAGCAUAAUGCUAGUAUUAGGUUUAUGUAAUCAAUGACCCUUUGAGAACUAUAGGUUUAUAGAUCUUCACGGCUACUAAUAUUGGCAGUCUUGAAAUUACAGGACUGCACAGCUUAAAGAGAUUCUGGAUUCUAAAGCGUAUCUCCUAUGAUUUACAAGUUCCUUCAUAGGCAAUCCGAAAAUCAUAUCAGAUCUGCAAAGCCUCUCCUUUCUUCUCUCUCAACACCAUUGAUUUCUGUGCCCUCUUCUGCUGUUCCAAUGGCUGUGGGAAUAGUGCUGGCAGCCAUGUUUCCAUAUGACACUGCAUAGUACCAUAACAAAACAUGAGACAAUGGUACCAUAACAAAGCUGAGACAAUGGUAGGUCUGGCAGUAGGUUGGAUACCACACAAUUACAAUAACCUGAAAUAAGAGGGUUUUUUUUAAAAAAAAAAUCUUGCUUUAUUGAUGAUAAUACAAUAUAAGCAAACAAUGUAUUUGCCAGUUGGCAUCCAAGUGGUAUUUUUUUUAAAUGAAAUAAACUGUAGCAGAGAGAACACAAGUGGCUAUAAUUAUAGCUUAGUCUCAUGUUCCUCAAUUCAUGAUAUAGCAAGCUGCUCCAGCAGUCCUCCCACAUCUCAGCUGCUUCUUUUCUCCAAUCAUCAUAGUACCAUGUUGUGGUAGCCUCCAGUGUCCCAUCAACAAACAACUGGCUUCCCUUAUGCUAUUGAUUAGUGUAUGUGCUAACACGGCAUGAUGCACAUGGCAAUGAUCAUGAUGGGUAACAGCAUGUUUAUUACAUGCAAAUAACCUUUCAUUUGGUACUGUGCUUAUAUGAACAUGGAUAGUGUAUCAGCAAAUCACAUUACCUGGGACUGAAGAGAUGGAAGUAAAUAAGGCUAGAGACAGACAGUGUUUUUGAAUUAGAUGAAGGAAGUGUGAAAGGGAACGUUGACUAUGGAGCGUAUUGACCCUGUUCAUUGGUUUUGCAGUCUUUUGUUGUGCUGUAAAAACCCUUUGACUAGAAAUGACAGCAGCAAAAAAAGAAAACAUUUCAUACAUCCCAAGAAACAAUGCUCCUGUCAUACUACCUUCAACUCUCAUAAAAGGUUUUGUCCUUCUCCAGGCUGAGAGCAACAGGAACAUGGGACUGAUGGUGCAACCAAGUGGAGCUGUAAUGUCCAAUAGCUAGCUUAACUCUUUAAAUUUGGUUCUGCUUAAGUAUUGUGUUUCAAACUAUGCUGCAGGAUUAUUGAAUUUGCCUUGCAACAUGGAGACAUGCAGGUGUAGGUAACCACUCCAAUGAGAACUAGAGAGCAAUGACUCUGACAUUGCAUGAGUGCUCCCCCCCCCAAGUGUUGCCAAUUGGGUGUUUGCCUUAGUCCUCAAAGGGUCUAUGAAUCGGCUGGCAUUUAGCUGUGCUUUAAAUCACUGAUAGAACCAAGGGACCACCAAAGCGUUGUGUCAUCAUGUGUAAUAUUAUGCUUACAGCAGAAUUGCCAUUUUCAUGUGACCUGCAGAGCAGGUUAUGUAUCAAUAUUUUUUCCUAGAGAAAAGUCGGCAACUGACAGACCUCUUUUAUUGAUUUUAGGAGCUGCUUCUCACAGUGACAGGCUUCUUACAGUCACUGGGCUGUGAACUUAUUAAAUGUGUUCAGAAAGAAUGCACCCCACAAGUCAGAUACCUGGCUUUUUAUGAAAGCUAGGAAUCCAGGGGAGUAGCUUUUGAAACAAUGAACAGCUUGUCUUGAACUAUAUUGAUCUGUUGAUUGUCAUUACUGAGUUAAACAUAGUCUUCUGUGGGGGGGGGGGACACCCUUUGCUGUCUGAAUUUCCGUACAGUGUACUGUUGAUGUCUUUACUCUUUGACCUUUAACUUGCAAACUGGCAUAAACUCAACGGGAAAUCUGGUGUUGCUGUUCCGUUUGGAUUGGGACUAGGCUUUUACAACCAAAAAAAGGGCCUAUGCAUACAUAGUCCAAACAUUUGCCUGUUUUGGUAGAGGAGGACAGUGGGUGUAAUACACUCAGAAGCCCACCUCCCACCGAUGGUGUUAAAUAGGCAGCACCUGGUAGCAUUCUUGCUCAGCUCCCAUUUAUUUCACUGGGGAGUGAUACAGGAGAGUUUCCCAAUAGAAUGUGCCCAGUAUUUGUAGCAGGUAGUACCUAGAUGGAACAGUUGCUAUGUAUACAUGCACACUCUAAAAAUGAACUUCGGUGGAAACUUGUUUUAGUGCAACUUUCCAUAUAAAACCUGUCCUUUCUGCAAAUGACAUAAAUGAUGACAUUCUAAAACACACUAAAAUGUUAAAAUACUUGAAAAUGGCCAUCAUUGGCUUUUACAUCAAAGUUUUUUUAUAUUAGACUCAAUUUCUCACUGAUUUCCUAAUCCACAUUGCUGAAUCAUUUUUGAGAGAGUGUAAGUAUAUAUGCGUAUUAUUUUUUGGUAAUGAAUAGCUCGACUGCCUUGAAUUUAUAUAUAUAGUGAGCAUAGCAUGAAGAUUAGUAUGCCUUUUUAUUCAGUCAAACAUGAUUUGAGUUUUUGUUUUAUUUUGAGGAUUUAUUUUAUAGUCACGUGAGGCAUGCUGUACAGCAUUGCAAGGAUGUUGUUUUCUUUGAGCAUAUACAGAUGUGUGGAUGGACAACAAAAAUGAAGAGAAAUUGGUUGCUUUAUGGCACCUAUGCAAUGCAAAUAGAAUUUAGGAGUGUCUUAGAGGUACUGUUUGCAGUAUGCUAAAGGCUGCAUUGCUGAGACCAUUGCAUUAUCCCGGUAUAUCCAUUUCAGUUGUUGGUGAAGCCCUCCCCUCCACCUCACUUUGGAAACAUUCCUAUUAGUUGGCGUCACCAUGCACUGGUUAUUAUUUUGCUUCAAGCAGAAAUCUAGAAAUUAUGUUCUGUUAUAGGCAAAAAAGAGCAUGUCCCUUUGCCCUACUGCUGUCCAUAGGAUAACUCAGCAGGUUAACUAAAAUAAACUGUUUUAGUUGUUUUUGUUUGUUUUACUGUAGCCAAUAGAUUUAUGUUACUGUAGCCCUAUUCAGGGAUUCAAAGAAUGUGUGAGGGUAUAAAGUAUGUGUAAAAGGGAUAUAGGCCAACCCCAACCUCAGUAUCCCAAUCCUCUCUUCUAAGGUCUACAGGGGGCUUCUGCAUGCAUUUGGCUGAACAGGACUGGAAGCCUCACAGUGAUCAGGAAGCCUGCAUUGCAGCAUUCCUGAUGCAAGGAGGCAAUCUAAGCACAUUCAGCCAAACAUGCUUACAAAGACCCUUCAGAUCUUCCCACUCAAGACUGGAAGGUCAGGAACGGAGCCAGCAGGGACUCUGGGAUGGGGGCAGUGCACACACCCCAGUACCCGCUACAUAUCUUAUAUCCUCAUUCAUUCUUUAAACACUUAAAAGGGCUUGAAAGAGUCCAAAACAUGGUGAGUGUUGGUAUUCACAUGUAUACACUGACAAUCCUUGACAUACGUUGUGACUGUCUAAAUUUAGAUACACUAGUGAAUGUAGAUAGCUUCCUGAAUGUGAUUGACAGCAUUCACUAACAUAUGUCUGAAAAGUGGGGAGGCAUUCACAAUAUUGGCACAUGAAUAUCAACAUUCACUAAAUUUUGGAUCUUUGCUGCAACCUAUAUAUUACCAUGAGUAUGGUGCUCCAGUUUAUUUUUAUUAUUCACUUGAACAUUUCACUCCACUUUUAGAGCUUAUCUUAUGGCAGCAUAGAAUUUCAGUGCAAAUGGUUUCCUGGAAAGCAGUGAAGAAACUAAGCAUGUUGCUGGUUGCUCUUUUUAUAAGGUAAUAUAAAUGUUUAUAUUUGGAGGAUUUAGCAUAAAGUAAUUACGAAGCAGGGAGGUGUGAUCAUGUGCAGUGCUUGAUAUAAGGUACAUCAUGAUUAUGUGAAUGCUCAGUAAGUUGAUCUAUUUAAAAGUGCAUUAUAUAUUACAGAGCAGGAGAAGGUGAAUUGAAAAAAGAGUUUGGGCAUGAUUUUGCCAUACAGGUCAAAGUUGUAUUAGCUUUUCUAUUACAAAUUUCUAUUUUAUGAAGCAAUCAUUUGAUAGUUUUCCCCAGGAUCUUGUAUCCCAUGUGUUAAAGCUAAUUUUAGAAAUGUGUUUGUGUUUAACUUAAAAAGUUCAAAAAUAACAGUGUGAAUUUACCAGCUUAGAUGAUGAACUUCUACAAGAUUUUUUAAAAAAGUUACAUUGGAGGGGAAACUAAUAAGUCAUUUGCAUUUUGUCCAAAGUAAAUCCAACACAUUUUUAAGGCUGCUUUUCUGCUAAGCUAUUGGUGAGGGCUUAACAUGAUCUCCAAUUUUAGCAUGAAAAAAUGCAGAAGAAAAAACAGCAUUUGAUUCUGAAUAAAUGACAUCUCCCCAUGUGUAGUAGUAUAUUUCAUAAUGUUUUUAAUAAAAUCAGAAAGGAUCCUGUGGCUCCUCAAAAGCAAACAAAUUUAUUGUAGCAAGAACAUUUGUUGGCAAAAGCCUGCUUCAUCAGAUAUGUGAAACAGACAGUGAAAACAUUAGAUUUAUAUCAAUAAUAUAUGGGAUCAGUUGAGAGAAGCUGUUUUCAAAAAUACAUCUGUAUUCAUAUUGUCACAGUCCACAAUGUGGAUCAGUGCAAUGCAAAAAUAUACAUGUCAUCAAUCUAUUACAAUUUAUAGUUAUGGUGUGUUGUAUGUUGAUAAAUAGCACAAUAUUAUUUGCCAUAAAUCAGGAAAAAAUCUCUCUGAGAUAGCCAUUUAUCAGAAAAAUAGAAAUUUAAGUAAAUACUUUUAUAGAUAUUUACUUGAUAUGCUUGAUUGGAAAGAAUAUGAUCUUGCUCCAAAGGAGCCCUUUUUAAGUCUCCCUAAUUUAAAUGUAAUAUGCAUUUUAUAACUUCUUAGUGACAUUUUUGAGGCAGGUGUAUGAUUUUAAGCAUAAACAUAGAACAAAAAGUGUAUGAACACACUAACCAUUGCAAUUAAAUUUAGUAGACUCUCUUGUCUAACAAUUAGGGAGAUGAUUGACCAGACCCCUCACACUAGUGUCUCAUUGACAUACAUGUGCUCUGUGAACCUAUGUAAUACAUAUAUAUCUUCUCUUGAUCUAUCCAGCCUAACAGGAUUAUUGUGCAGCAUAAUUCUAUACUUAUCUACUGCAUAUGUUUACUUAAAAGUCCCGUUGAUUCAAUGGAGUUUAUUCUCCAGUAAGUGUGACCUUAUUAACAUCUGUGGUUUGGGGGACAUUGCAACAAUUCCAUUAGUGACUGCUUCAGAGUCCUGUAUUUGGGCACUGCAGCUACUACAUGUUAAGAGUUAUAUGCAUCAUUUUAUCUUGAAUACCUCUGAUUGGUUCCUGGUGCCACCAUGCUGUUGUUAAUAAAAUGGCAGUCUCAGCAUCUAACAAAGCACAGGAUCCUAUUCUGGCUUGUUGAUAAGAACUCAAGUAAAUUACUUGACAUCCUUGAGUGAAGUCUAAGUACUUAUCAUCUUUCAGAUAGAGAUGUGAACAGCAUCUACUGAAAAAUACUACAUUUGAGGUUGCCUGUUGAUUUGAAAGGUUGGCCUGGCGUACCCAAUGUGUUAAUCGGUGUUUUUGGCUUUAGAAGAUAACACAGCUGGUCAAACAAUGCGGAAUCUAUAGAUUCUACCCCCUUGUAAAGCUAGUUGGUAUCCAGAUCAGCCGAACAGAGUUAGUAUUGACCACAAUAAUGGGAUCAGACUGAUGCACAAACGUUUUGAUUGCCACUGUUUUGCCCUAUAUAGCCAGACAAAUAUAUCAUGCAAGAACUACCACUACUGUUUGCCUUACCAGAUUUAUUUUUAUUUUUGGAAAAAUCAAGAGUUGGAGGAUACCAGGAAAACAUCUGCGUUCAACAGGAUAUUUGAAACAUCCAAAUAGUUUCUGCUUUCUUCCUCUUUUCUUCCCUUAGGCCUUACGUUUCUUUUAUGUAAUAUUGUACCAGAUAUAUGGCUAGUACGUCAAGGUCAGCAGCGGGCCAUAUAAACUAAAUGCCGAUAGGUUAUGUAUUAACCUAGAGGCAGUAUAUCAGAACAGAACUGAUCAGGUUUGUGUUCUCUUUUGCACAAGCUUGACAGAAAAUUUAGAAGUUCAUACAGUAUUCCUGCCCUUAGAGCCAUUAUUGGAAGUGCCUCAACAAUAGAAACACAACGCAAGCCUGAAAAAUCUCUGUGAUCAAGGAGAGGCUUGCAGAUAAUACAUUAACAUAGCCUUUUGUCAACCUGGUGCCCUCCAGAUGUUUUGGACUAUAACUCCCAUCAGUCCAAACGAGAACGACCAUGCUGGAUAGAGAUGAUGGGAGCUGUAGUCCAAAACAUCUGGAGUGUGCCAGGUUAGUGAAGGCUACAUUAACAAAUAACAUUUGAGUGCUGGCAGUAUGCAUUUAAGCUAUUGCUACAAAACCAUCAUGAGCAAAAGCCAUCGUAAAGUCAGGGUAACCACAGUGUUGCUGUCAUUUAAAAUAACCCCAUACAUGACUCUGUUUAGGAGAUAGGUAUGGUACUUAUGCCAACUACUGUACAUUGCAAAUGCAAUGGAUCCACUUCUCAGUAAGUCUGCUUGUCAUGUAUGCUAAUUCCAUGUGUGUCCCUAGGUUCUGGGUAGAUGUUUACCUCCAUUUUUCGGUUUGUGAUAAGCAUGCAUAGCAAUAAUAUAUUACAGUCUGUUGUACAUUAUUAUUUUGGCAUGGCUAGGGUUUUCAUAAGGAACUACAUAAAUCAUAUUACUAAAAAAUAAAUACUAACCUGAUGUGGGAAGGAUACCUGAAAUCUGGAAAAAAAUAUGUAGUGACACAAGGAAAUGUUUGUGAAGCUCUCCAAUGCAGUGGAGAUUAAGUUCUUUCCCCCGCCUCAAUUAAAUCAGGGAUGGGAAGGUUCACAAGGUGGAUUCCCUCUUCUUUGUUAUGGCACCUUGACUGCGGAACACCCUGCCAAAAUAAGUCCUGAUUCUGUCAUUUUUUUGGCACCAGGUAAAACCUUUGUCUUUCCCAUUGCAUUUUAGUUUUUUAGCCUUUCCUAUUGUGUUUUACUGCCUCUUAAAAGUUAUUUUGAUUGUUUGUUAUGAUUUUAUAUUUCAUGGUGCUAUGAUCAAUUUUGGUCUUAUUUUUACACUGCCCUGAUAACUAAUUGAUGAAGGGGGGAUAUUUUAAUGUGCCCUUAUUGAAGCACCAGCCCAUGAUAUUUUGCUGCUUAAAGCUGAGCAUCAAGUGGCAACCCACCCAACACUUGCUGUAUCAUUUCUGACAUUGAUUUCUGUUUUCUCCUGACCCCUAAAUUCCAUUGCCUGACAUCCUGCUUCAUCUUGCCGCAUGGUAGGGCCAGCCCUGUGUUGUUUACAAGACAUAGCAAAAAGAAAGACUACCUUUUGCAGGAACUGUGAUACUUAAUUCUUCAUAGGGAAGUGCUGUUGAUGUCCACCAAUCAUGUCUCAAAACAUUAUCCCAUUGAGCUAAAUAGGACCUACAAGUCAACUUUGGCUGAAAAGUGUCCGAGUUUCCCAAGCUCUUGUUUUCUCAUGAAGGUUAUCAAAUAAAAAGAAAUACUUCUAUACUAUUAUAUUUAAGUGGUUGUUCAAUAUGAGGAUGUAAAAAAAAGUUACCCUCAAUUAAAUUAUUUCAUGGAUGUGCACUUUAUUAUAUGCCAUCUUACUAGGUUGUUACAUGAAAAAGUGAUCUUCCAGCAGGGCAAAAUGAGCAACAUCAAUCCAACAACAUUGUGUAGGCUUUGGAAAGGCAUCCUGUGGACCAAUAUAUAACCCAGCUGAGCUGGAAUAUGUUCUUGACAAUUAAAUCAACAGGAUGGAUUCAGCUGAAAUGCAAACAAACUCCUCCACUCAUUAAUAGAUGGGCAUUUUGCUUUACUUCUAGCAACAUUUUUGGCCACCUAAUAUGGAGGGAUUGAAUUCAACCCAAAGGAAUUUCUCCUUUGUGUGCCUGUGUGCUGUGCUUAUUAAAUGUUGCUGUGUUGCUAUCUUGCUGUGCACCUUCAGUAGCCUCUGACUGUUUAACUAGCAUUGUUGUGCUUUUGGAUUACAAAUUGGAUUAGUGCAUGCAUUGUCCUUUAACAUCAAGCCACCACAUAAUAACACAUGUCUUUGGCCUUACAUUUCAAUCAGUCAUUGACUUGCACUGAAAUAAGGGGAAACUAAAUUGCACUGCCAGAAAUCAUUACCUUGAAUUGGAGUAUUUAAAUGCUGAUGCCAGGUGAUUUUCCCUGCCCCAAGAGUGAUGUAAAAAGCAGUGUUGUGUCACCAUGGUGUCAUUUUAUAUUGCCUGACGUUGGGGUGACUGAAUAUUACAGUGGACUGGAUUUUGACAAAGUUAGCAUUCAUUUGCACAGGUGCCUUUAAUUUUUAUUAGAAAGUAUGCUCAUUAUUGAGCCUGUCCUUUUGCUACCCAAAUGUUCCCUGUGGGCAAUGGUUCUGUGCAUCCAUCAGAUUCAUAAGAGAGCCCUGGUCACCCAUCAGAAUCACUUUAGCAUAAUCACAACUGAGCCUGGGAUAGCCCUGUUACUUUUCCUACAGACAAGAGUCCUGAGAUGGUGAGAAAAUCUGUUAUUUUACCCAUAUUGUUGCCAGCCCCUCCAACUAAGUAAUUCCUCUCCAUAGCCCAUACUGUUUACAGUCGAUGAGCCCUGGACGUUCUGUAAAUCUGCAGGGAAAGCUGCAGAUCUUGUAAUAUUAGCAGUUUAUUUUACAGAAUAUGGGGGGAUAUACAGGAACUAUUCAGAAGUGACCUAUUUAUUUAUUGUCAUAGCUGAAGCAUGGUAGUACCUUUUUUGUCAUUUCCAUGGCAGUGCCUGUUUAGAGAUUUCAGGGGAUAUGGUCAUAUUUUCCAAUAUGCUUCAGAAAGGUUGUCUACUACCAAUUCUCCUGAAUUAAAAGCUGGUCUAGUGCUUGUCUGGUCGGUUGCCUUUUGCUGGAAAUGAUCUAGGAAAUGAUUUAUAUUCUGACUCUUGGCUGUCUUCCUGAUUUUCAGCUUCCACUGUUCCCAGUGCUUGUUGAGAAACCUAUUUUUCUCCCACACCUGGCCGUUUAUAUUUCUGCAACUAGUCUUUGGACAGAUGUAUGUUUGCUUUCCUCUACCUCUAAGGACCUAACCAAACCAUACAAGCAAAUUUGUAUACCAAAAGACCAGUAGCAGUAUAAAUAAAACAAAACAAAACCCAUGUUGGGAGAGGGAUAACUGAAACAGAAAAAAAUAUGGGAAAGGAUACUAGUGCCACCUUGGACUGCUUUGGGAGGAAGGAUAGGAUAGAAAUUUAAUAAAUAAAUUAGUAUUAACCCUUAUCAUUCUAAAUUGUGUCCCUAAGUUGCUUUUCACUGCAGAAUUCCAAAGGUGUCAUUUUGCAAAUAUACAUUUGGAAGUCUACAGAGUGAUGAGUGGCAAGAGAGGUAGCUUUGUGUGAAACAUCAGCAGACAGAGGAUUCUCAGUUGUUUUUGUGUUCCAGUUCACCUCCAAAGUGGGUUUUCUCUCCAAUAAUUAAAAAAAAAAAGCCCCCAGGAUUUUGUUACUUAUGUUUUCAACAAAUAUACAGCCAGGCUAUUAGUUACAAACGGCUAUCAAGAACGUUGAAUACCAAGGAAAUUUUAUUUGUAGCUUCAGUAAGAUGUGGAUUGCAUCCUCAGUGGAACUUAGCGCACAGGAUUUGGCACAGGAUUGUACGUACUGUGAUUACAAUGUGUUAGUUUGGGGAGCAGAGCCGUCUUCUGACAUGAUUAUUACAAGUUCAACUAAUUGUUGAAAAUUAGUUCCCCGCUUUUUUGGGGGGGGGGAUUAAAGAUAUCUUGUUUACCUUCACACAUACAACACUUACAUUUGGUUUUGAGUUCCAUACCUUUAACCUAAAAAUAUUUUAAUGCAGCCCUAACAACAAGCCAGAAUGGAAAUCGCCUGUCAUGGGUUACGGUAUGCCAAAAUAUUGAUCGGAAACAACACCUUAAUAUAGGCAAUUAUUGCUAUGGUGGCCCCGCUGUAUGAGAUCUAUCCAACAAGCAAACUCUAUACACCUGUGCUUAAGGUAUACAGUCUUAUUUUUCCCCCAUUUGUGUCCAUACAUAUAUUAUGCCAGAGUUUGGUUCACAGUGCUGCAUGUAAGCAAAGAGACAAACGAGAACAUAUAUCUAUUUCUAAAGACCUAAUUUCUUUUUAUACAUUUUUUUUUAAAAAAUAUGUUACUGUAUGAUUUCUACAGCAGUCUUUGCAUUAAUAUUUUAAAAUAAAUACCAUUUUAUUCUUUCAAGUACUUUCUAUGGACAAACACAAAGCUUGUUUGUGUGCAAAAGUGAGGCUGACUAAAUGGUGCUAAAGUGUAUAUUGACUGUCAGAUAUAAUCAGGCAAAAAUUGUGGUGCUUAGACAGAUUUUCUUCAUUUUUCAUUUUUUUCUUGAUCAAUGCAUUUAACAGUGUUUUAUUAUUCACACAUUCUUUUAUUAGUAAAUUAAGGCAUCAUAGUGCACUAUUUAAUAAAAAUGGGUUAAUUAAUCUAUGUACCAGCUCACCAAGCUAUUAUCAUUUAACUCCUUAUAACAUUGCAUAAUUAAAGGUCAAGGGGUCAUGAUAUUAAUCUCAUUGCUGUUCACUCAUUACAUGACUGAACAUUUUUGAACAAAAUACUUAUGUUUACAAUAGUAUAAUAACCCUUUGACUGCUGCGGCAACCUUUAACCACAAAAUUAAAACGUCACAUGCUAGAAAUGUCUUUUUGGUUCUUGUCCUGGCAAUCAAAGAGUUAAGGGCUGUGCAGUGAUUUGUUUUCUAUUUAUUAAUUUCUAUUUAUUUUUUUGUAUUCAUUUGAGGAGGGGGGUUGGGGUGGGGCAGUUCUCGUCUGCUGUAAGUGUCUUAACAAAGGGAAGGGUUGAAAUUGCUUUUUUUAUACUAUCU